AUGGGGAUGACUGGUGCUGGGAAGUCUAGUUUUAUCGAGCAUUGUACUAAACCGCCAGAACGCCUUUCGAGCGAUGGGCUGUUCUCGUGUACUAGUCGUGUGUCGAUACAUACUACAGUAAUUCGAGGCCGUACUGUACAUCUCUUGGACACACCUGGGUUCAAUGACAGUCGGCAGUCUGAUGGCAAGGUAUUGCAGGAAUUAGCAUAUUGGUUAACAGCUGCCCAUGAAAGAGACAUCAGACUUAGCGGUAUCAUAUAUCUCCAUUGUAUCACGAACAACCGUCUUCCAGGCACUGCCGUUAGAGCAUUAGAUGCUUUCAAGAAGAUGUGUGGCACGGAAGCAUUCAAAGGAGUGGUCCUUGCAACAACGAUGUGGGACAUGGUUUCUGUGAAAGACCUGCCCAAGGCCGAAAAGAGACAUGAAGAGUUUUAUGAAAAGAUUCGCCACGAUGUUAUCGAACACGGUGGUAAACUAGUCAGGCUUUCAGCUGUCGAGAUUGAUGCUUUGAAGAUUCUUCAUCAUAUUGUUCAAAAGAACCGAAGACUUACACUGAGAUUCCAGCGGCAGUUGGUAGAUGAGAACCGAAUGAUAUACGAGACGGAAGCUGGGCAGACACUAUAUGAAGACCUGAAUAGACGCUAUCAGUCAUUACAGAUAAUGGCAGAUGAGGCUCAUAGACAAAUGGAUGAGAUUGCUAGUACUGGAAGAAGAGAGGCAUUGAGCGAGCUUAGCGAAGCCACAUCUGAGAUUGCUAGAGACAUCCGACUGGUUGAAGAAGACAUUGAGCGUACUAAAGUAGCGUUCGGAGGUAUCCGGGAGAAGUGGGAGAAAAUCAUAGAACGAGAUGAUCAAACUCUCCUUCUGGCUGCACAGAAUCUUGUGCAACAAUUUGAGCGAGGAUAUGACUACAACGGAGAUGGCGAGAAAGCUAUGACGGCCAACGUACAUACAUUGGCACCUCCAUUCAGCGAAACCUCGAGAAUCUCCAGUACCGACACGUUUUCUAGCCUCACACCCCAAGAGACUGUGGCAUCAAGGUUGCACGAUCUCGAAAAGGAACUGCAAGCGCUUUCCAUACGAAUCGGACAAAGACUAAGCAGAAGAUACACAACGCAAUCGCGAGGAGCAACAAGAAUAGGCGUUAUAGGUACCACUUUGGCGGCUGGCCAGCUCAUUGCAGCAUUAGCCUGCGUUGUAAUGUAA